AUGAUCUUGGAACGAUUAGAUACUAGCCUUUAUGCUGCCUCUUGCCAACAGAAGCUCGAGAGGCGGGAUAUCAAGCAAGCCGUAAGGUCUACCCUCAAGGGGCUGGCUCUACUCCAUAGUCAUGGACUUAUACACAAUGACGUCAAACCCGACAAUAUCUUAGCCAAUCGCGGGCAGGGAAGUCAACGUUUCGCAGAGAUCAAAUUGUCGGAUCUUGGAGACUCGAGUCUGCAUAACUCUGCAAAGCGGAAUACAGAGCCUAUCAGUGGCACUGCCGUGUACAGGGCCCCUGAGAUGAUCCUGCGAGUGCCAUCGACCACGGCUGUGGACAUCUGGGCUUUAGGCGCGACAACGCUGUUUUUCAUGGCGGGCGAUCAUUUUUUCGCACCCAAAUCCAAGGGCCCAGAAGACGACCUCGUUCACGACCAUAUCCUGAGGAGGCAAAUGAAAUGCUUUGGACCCUUUCCAGAACAGUUCAUCGAUGUCGUACCGCACAUUUACAGGGAGUAUUACAUUGAUCUCGAACAAUCUAUAGGAUUUUAUCCUAACCGUUGGCCGGGCCCGCUUGCGAGUUUUCUGAGCCCAGAAGAAGAGGAAUUUGUACGGCUUCUUCUAAAGCCUGACCCUCGUGAUCGUCCAUCGGCCACCGAAGCCAUCCAUCAUCCAUGGCUCAAAGUGACAGAUUCGAACUGA